GGGCAAGGAUGAACUCAACGUAGCUACAUCAUUUAUUUAUUAUUUCAGCACCGAUAACCGUGGAAAGCCGGGGGGCGGUACAUUUACCGCAAGACGGUCGGACAGGUUUAGAAGCGCGUCCAUGUCGGUCACCAUAGCCUCCAUUUUCUAGUUUUUCUUUAUCUUUUUCUGUCUUUCUUUUUCUCCAGGCGGCUACUUUGUUUCCAGUUAGACAGUAAGUUAUUACGUUCGACUGGGGGUUCGAGGCAGAUUGUGUCCAGCUUUGUUCUCACCGCAUCAGGGCUGGAAAUUGAUUGCUCCAUCCGGUAGGUAGGGAGUCACAAAGCAGCCGUGGUCGUGGAGAAGCGCAGCACGAACGGGACAGACCCAGCAAGAAGAACAAAAACCCACCGGACACCACAGACAGAAGGGCUUGUUAGUCCCUUUGACCUUCUUUGGCUUAGAUAGUCGCAAAUUCGCUGCACUUUAUCAGGACCCUGAACCGACGAACCGGGAAUAACGCGGAUGCAAACUUCAAGCGUGUGCAGGAAUCUCUGUUAAAAUCUCCUGGUCGGACAGGUCGCAGGACCGUGUCGGGCUCCAGCGGACCGAGAACCCAACCGUUUUAACCUCAGCAGACCUCCGACCGGCCGACUCUGACCGCAUCGUGCUAUUCUUGUUCGUCCCCCUGUCCCUCGACCCUGGACCCCUCUCCCUCGCAAAACCCCGACUGCGGCAGAACCUGGCAUCCCAGGCCAUGUGCUCCCGGGUGUGGUUCGUAACAGACCGGCGCAUCAGCCAGGAAUACCCGCAGGUUCAGAUCCUGCGGGCUCUGAGACAGCGCUGCGCUGAGGAUGAUGUUGAGUUCCGCUCGCUGCUCAUGGAUCAGAUUGUGCUCACCAUCACUGGGGGGCAACUAGGGCUGCGUGUGGACCAGGAGCUGGUGACGACCUACCCCCAGGUGGUCGUGGUGCGGGUCCCCACACCCUGGGUGCAGUCAGACAGUGACAUCACCGUGCUGCGGCACCUGGAGAAGCUGGGCUGCCGGCUGCUGAACCGACCCCAGGCCAUCCUCAACUGCGUCAACAAAUUCUGGACCUUCCAGGAGCUGGCCGGCCAUGGGGUCCCGCUGCCGGACACCUUCUCAUAUGGGGGACAUGAGAAUUUCCGCAAGAUGAUCGAUGAGGCGGAGCCGCUGGGCUAUCCCGUGGUGGUGAAAAACGCACGUGGACACCGAGGAAAGACUGUCUUCCUGGCACGGGACAAGCAUCACCUCUCAGACCUCAGCCACCUGAUCCGGCACGACGCCCCCUACCUAUUCCAGGAGUAUGUGAAGGAGUCCCACGGCAAAGACGUGCGGGUGAUCUUGGUGGGCGGGCGAGUAGUGGGAUCUAUGCUACGCUGCUCGACGGACGGCCGCAUGCAGAGCAACUGCUCCCUGGGUGGUGUCGGGAUGAUGUACCCGCUGAGUGAGCAGGGCAAGCAGCUGGCCAUCCAAGUGUCCAACAUCCUCGGCAUGGAUGUGUGCGGCAUCGACCUGCUGCAGCGCAACGACGGCUCCUUCGUGGUGUGCGAGGCUAACGCCAACGUGGGCUUCAUCGCCUUCGACCAGGUGUGCGGCAUGGACGUGGCGGGCAGCGUGGCCGAUUACGCCCUCUCGCUGCUGCCAGGCCGUCUGGGCCGCAAAGGCUCCCUGCUCUCAGUGGUGUCCAGCACCAGCGAGACGGGCAGCGAACCCGAGGCCUGUCCGCCAGCCAGCGCUGUGCCAGAAGUGGUCUGUGCCAUGAGUGUGGGCUCUACCUCCAGCGAGAGCGACCCAGAGCUGGCUCCGCCCCCUCACCCCACCCCCAAGCUUCCAGACGCCUCCUACAACUUCAGUGCUCUCCUUGCCAGUGAGAUCAAGCUAUUGACUAAAUGAGGCAUCCGUCCUGCAUGGUGGUGCACGCACACACCCAUAGAAACACGAAAUAUAACACACACAUACACACACACACACACACACACACACAUAGACAUCAUGGUGUUCUCAUGUGUCGCGAAACAAAAACACAGCCCCCCCCCCCCCGUUUACCCUAAACCCUAGAUGCUAAAAUAAGCAUGUUUAACCCGAAACAAAGGUAAACAUUAUUUUCUCGACAUGCUACCUCCAGCAAAGUCUGAUGGGCUUCUCCCUUCAGCCACUGUCCCCCCCCCCCACCAUAGUUCAGUUUACAUCACCCCUUGGUGGCACUAGUUUGAUAUGGGAGCAGAUAGGCUAACACUUGAAGAACAAAUUUGCAAAAGUCAAGCAGUCCAUUUUUUUUUUUGUUAUUUUUGAGAUGAGACUGCCGAUGACCUAAAGUCAGGCAUCCUCAUCAUAUGUUGCAGUACUGGGAACCAAAUCUGAGUGAGCUUUGCAAAUUUGCUCUCUGUAUGUAAGAUUGAUCUUUGACUGACGCAGGUAAGUCAGGAGAUUGCGAAGUCUGUCAAUUCAUAAUUAGAUACCUCAACCCUCUGCCUCACCAAAUCAUCACCUAAGCCCAGUGAUCAGACAGGCUGGAGGAGCAGGAAGCAUAUUCCCAGCUGGCCACUAUGUAAGCGGACACCAGUCUGAGGAGGGACAACAUUGGUGUGGUCUCCUACCUGGGUGCCACUGCGGGUUCGACACAAAGCAGAGUCACUUUUCACUGCCUGAAUGAUUCACACAAAAUAUGUAGCCUAAACGUAGCAAGACAGACAAGUAGUUCGAUUUUCACCUCGUCAUUUGUAAAAUGCAGCCCGUAUGUAUGAAAAUAAACAGGCCGCCUAACCCAAGGAUAAAUUACAGCUUUGCUCGCUAACGUUGUGAACCAGCCGGACUGAAAAUAUCAUCCUGGUUUUUAGUUAAUCUCGAAUGCUGUCAGGAGUUAUACGCUUGGGAGGCUGAUCUUGACCGAAUUCAGCCCGCGCUAGAAGGAUCAUCUCAGCCAGGUGGCUUGACGGUGGAAAAAAAGGGACCAGAUGCGAAAAUAGAAAUGUUCUUGUUGCGAUGCACCCAGUUCUGGGAUUAGCAUGAGCACUUUUAAAGCUCAGCUGCGUAUGAGAUACAUCCACUAUGCCCUCUCCUACCUCUGCCACAUUCCAUUGCCAUGCCGUCUCAACCUACAGUAGUUGGAUACCUACAGUAUCCAACUACCACACACAUCUCUGUGCUCACCACGUCUUCAGUCCGAACUGCCAGGCUCAGUGCUGCAUCAUCACAGCCAAACUAACCACUCCCACACCUGUACCAUCGCACGAAGACCACAUCUGCUACAGUAUCAUCACAUGUAAGAUGACUACACUCACCUACUCUACCCUCUACCCACCCCUGCUCUAUCCACAACAUCCACAGCAAUCAGCCCCCUUUGACCCCCUCCGACUCUGUGAAAAGGCUUCACAUUCAUUCUCCCAUUGGAAAAAUAGACAUAUGAAAGUACAAGGGUGAUACAGGUAAUGUGAUUUUUAGUUAUGGGGAGUCAUGAGGUUGUAUUUCCCCAUUGAAGCACAGGUAACCAGUCACAGCUGAAUUUGGGUGUCUACCCCCCCUGGACUGCACACGUGCUGAACCGUGCUGAUGGUUUUAGAAAUUGAGCUGAGGAAGCAGCCCAGUCUUACCACCUCACCCGGAAGCAUCUCCAUGCUGCCUGGAGGUCUGCUUGAUCUGUACUGAAGGAACCAUAAACCCCAUUUUUAAUGCUGCAGAAACAUGCUAUGUCCAUAAAAGUCUAUGUGGACUUUUUCCCUUCCCUGCUUGUUACAUAAUGUUUAACAUUUUUAAAUUUCAUUUUCCUUUAAUUUAUUGUGUAGGAUUUUUUUUUUUUUUAAAGGAAAUUGGUUUGUGAGCACUAACCUGUCUCAAUAAAGCGAGGUUUUCUGUUGGC